CGACCAUUCCCUGUCUCUCAUCCAGCCGUUUGUGUGUGUGUGCUCAUCUAUUUCAGACGCUGUGUGGCAAGAAAUGUUUUCUGUAAAUAUUUUCAUCCUACUGUAUCCAUCAUAGUUCACCUGUAAGAUUUAUCAAAACAAUUCUCCGCCUGCUAUGAUCUGUGAAGCGCUACAUAAACAAAAUAAAAAAAAUCGUCGGAGAAUGUUUUGAAUCAAGUCCUACAAAUUGUACAAACAUUAAAAACGUCAAAUCGCACCAACUGUCAACACCCUCCUACACUGUACUAAAAUGUAAAACGCAAAACAAAACAAUCCGAAACUUCCCACAACCAACAUUAGCGCCAUCACAAACUGUCGACCAGCAGCGGACGGCCGAAAUUCCUGUACAGCAAAAUUCACCCGCACUGAAAUUGGCAUCUUCAUUCUAGUUGUGAAUAUUGGAAAAUGCACCACCACCAUCAACAACAACAACAACAGAAACCACCGUACCCGUUCCAGUGCCAUCAGCAGCACCAAAAUCCCGGAACCGGUGGUAGAAUGUGCUCACGAAAAGUGGUAAAUAGUUGUGAUAGUUGAAAAUUCCUUAAAUGCUCCUAAAUACAGGCAAUUUUGUCGCUGUCCGUUGUCCCCCGCCUGCUCUUCCUUCGUGCAGAUGUUUGUGGCUAUGAGAAAUUGACUUCCCUUUCUUUCUCAGUGUCUGUAUUGUUGAUCUACCUACUUGUACUUUUUUCCCAUUUGCUAGUUGCUACUGCAUGUCGCGAUGGUCACCGCCAUCGCCGCCGGUAGAUGCGAUGCUGACCGUAGAACUAGAGUAGAACGAUUUUACUCGGUGUAGAGACUGCAUAAAUGCAGUAUUUCUAUAGCUCGGCAUCGGAGACAGUCUCGAGCAGUGAGUACUAUGACGAGGAGGACGAUCUGCUAGUAGAUGGCGCUAAUGGUUACCAGGUGGCAGCACCACCGCCGUACGUUCCGAUUCGUUCCUACGACCUCAACAAGCAGCGGUACUUCUCGAGCCGGGCCGGACAUUACGGUCACCAUCAGCAACACGGUUCAGCGUUUGUCCGCCGUGGCAGCACCAGCGGAUUCCUAGAGCUACGACGGCCGGAGUUACCACGUGAGUGGCACGGUGGCGGUGGAUGUGAGGAUUCACCGUUCUACCGUAGAGAGAACUACCACUACAGCUAUAGGGACCGACACGACCCGCACAGCAAUUUCCUAAUAAUGUCCAAUGAAAGUGGCGCAGACGCCGAACGAGCCUUGAAAACGCCCCCCAAUCCGGGUGGCGACGGUGGCACCAAUACAGGCGCACCCAUCACGGCUGGCGGUGGCCCACUACUGGCUUCGGGAGAGAAUGGACCGUCCAGUCAGGUCAGUGGUUUACAAACAACGCAAAGUAACGGUACGUUCGGUGCUAACGCUGCGGCGCCUACUUUGACCCAGCAACAACAGGCGGGCGAUAAUAAUAACAAUAAUAGCAGCGGUCAGAAGGAGGCCAACGAAAGUGAACCAGCGCCUACUCCGCCCCCGAAGCCAAAGCCGUUAAUCAAGAGCAAGGGAUCGGUGUCCCCGUUACCGUUGAAGCGAGCAGCGCCAGCAGCCAUUAAUAAGCCCACGACGCCCAUACGGGAGCCCAAUGGCAAUGGCAACUUGGACGGCAGUCCACUAGCGGACGGCCAGCCUCUAGGACCUACUACAGCGCCGGAAUCAACUGGUAAUGGACCACCGGGGAGCAGCUUUCGGCAGCAACCGACGAAUCCGAACGCUCCGACGCGUCCUCUCGGUGGAAUAAAGCCCCGGAAAGGCGGCUGGAAGGGUCGACCGGACAGUGAAUCGUUUACCAACAAUAACUUCUCGCCAACGGACGACGACGAGAGUGGUCCCGUGGUGCCUCGGAACGUUAACGUGAAUCCGGUGAUAAACAGUAACGUGGUGGUGAAUCGGAAUAAGAUCGGUUCUAGUGGCGGUGGUGCAAUCGGUGGUGGUGGCCGUGGAGGUUGGGGUGCGAAUCAACGGCGCCAGGUGGCAUCCACCAGUCGAGUUCAGAGUCCUUCGGGGGCCGGUGGAAUUCCCCCAGGGGCACCCGUAGUGGGAACCGGUGCGGCCCAGGUGCCGCCCUCUAUGGACAAUCAGAGUGAUCAGUCUUCGUCUCAACCGCAGCAACCGACGACACCGGUCCAUCCGGCCGUCAGUAUAGCGGCGCGAACCUCCUCGCGUACCGACCUUUCCCUCGAGAACAUUCCCGGUCCGUCCGGCUUACUGCCGCACAACCCGGGCGUACCAGGCACCAUCGGGGGUAAUCCGCAAUCUAGGUAUUCAAACCUGUCGUUCUGGAAGGCCAGAAGGGUGCUGUUCUACCGGAAUGGCGACCCCUUCUUUCCGGGGGUCGAGUUUCGCUUCAAACCCGGGCGUGACAUUUGCACACUGGAGGCGCUCCUGGAUAAGAUCUCCGCGCGGAUGGAUCUACCCCGGGGCGCUCGGUACAUCUUCUCCAUGGACGGCGACCGGAAGUACUCGCUCGAUGAGCUCGAAGAUGGCUCCAGCUACGUGGUAUCCUCGUUCAAAGUCUUCAAGCCUGCUAGUUAUGGUAAGAAAAACGGCGUUUGGUACGCAUCGCCCGGCAACCAGGGCUGGGGCACCGGGAGCCGCCUGAGCCGCAAGCCCUCCGUCACCGAAGUGGACAACAUGCCGUCCGGCAGUCUGAAACCGAGCGCCGGCCGGGUCAUUCGGAUUAUCAACAGUCACGAUCAUAGUGUUCAAUGCCGCGUACUGCUAAACCUCCGCACAUCGCAACCCUUCGAGGAGGUCCUGGAGGACCUCGGCCAAGUGCUGAAGAUGAUCGGCGCCAAAAAGAUGUAUACCAGCAGCGGCCAGGAGGUGCGCAGCUUCUCCCAGCUGCGCAACGAAUUCGCCGAGGUGGACACCUUCUACCUGAGCAACACCCCCUCGCUUCCGGUCGGUGCCCUCGGGCCGGGUGUGAUUCCUCCCUCGCCGGCGCGACGCUCCCGUUCGCGGCUGGGUGGUUCCGUACCGGAUGACCUAUCGAAAACGGCGCGGCAGCGAGCCCGCAGCAAAAGCAGACCCCGGGUACUGUACGCACCGGAAAACGAACUGGUCCGGGCGUCGUCCGACUAUCCACUGCUGGAUGCCAUGAAGGAGGAACCCACCCGCAUCACCAUCCGGGGGCUGAGGCGUACCUUCUACCCGCCGGUGCACCAUCCGCCGGUCGAUAACUCACCGCCGGAUAAGAAAUUAUCGCUUUUCUGGGUACAUGGCUAUCGUGGAAUCGACUCAAAACGGAAUCUCUGGGUACUGCCUUCGGGUGAACUACUGUACUAUGUCGCAGCGGUGGCUGUUCUCUACGAUCGGGAAGAGGAAGCACAGCGACACUACACUGGACACACGGAGGACAUUAUGUGCAUGGAAGUCCACCCCUCCCGGGAGCUGGUCGGUUCCGGCCAGCGGGCCGGCCGAGAUCGCAAAUCCCAGGCACACGUGCGCAUCUGGAGCACCGAGUCGCUCCAGACGCUGUACGUAUUCGGCAUGGGCGAGCUCGAUUCCGGCGUCAUCGCGGUGGCCUUCUCCCAACUGAACGGCGGCAGUUACAUCCUGGCGGUGGACGCCGGCCGCGAAAGCAUUCUGUCGGUGUGGCAGUGGCAGUGGGGACACCUGCUCGGCAAAGUGGCGACCCUGCAAGAGGGCAUCUGGGGCGCGACAUUCCACCCGCUGGACGACAAUCUAUUGAUCACACACGGCAAAGGGCACCUGGCGUUCUGGCACCGCCGGAAGGAUGGCUUCUUCGAGAAGACCGACAUCAUCAAACCGCCAUCGCGAACCUUCGUCACGUGUGUUCAGUUCGAGCCGGAUGGUGACGUCAUCACUGCGGACAGUGACGGAUUUAUCACGAUCUACAGCGUGGACGCCGAUGGGGCGUACUUUGUGAGGAUGGAGUUUGAAGCGCACAACAAAGCCAUUGCCUGUCUGGUGAUGCUGUCGGAGGGGACGCUCAUUUCGGGUGGCGAGAAGGAUCGGAAGAUUGCGGCGUGGGAUUCGUUGCAGAACUACAAGCGGAUCACGGAUAUUAAGCUACCAGAGUCGGCCGGAGGCGUACGAUCCAUCUACCCUCAGCGACCGGGCCGAAACGAUGGCAACAUCUACGUGGGAACGACGAGAAACAACAUCCUGGAAGGCUCCCUGCAGCGCCGCUUCAAUCAGGUAAUCUUCGGCCAUGGCAAACAACUGUGGGCACUGGCAGCCCAUCCAGAUGAUGAGGUGUUUGCGACCGGUGGUCACGAUAAGUACGUAGCGCUGUGGAGGCGCCACAAACUGAUCUGGACAUCGUCCGUCGGUUACGAGAUCAUUUCCCUGGCGUUCCAUCCGUACGGUGCGGCACUUGCUGCCGGAAGCUCGGAAGGACAUCUGGUGGUGAUCAAUGCGGAGAACGGAGCCACCAUGCUGACGAUCAGAGUGUGCGGUUCGCCCCUGAACUGCGUGGAGUUCAAUCAAGUCGGUGACAUGAUCGCCAUCGGAUCGCAAAACGGUAGCAUCUACCUCUUCCGGGUGUCGCGAGAUGGGUUCUCGUACAAGAAGAUCAACAAGAUCCGAGGAUCGCAACCGCUAACCCACCUGGACUGGAGUUCCGAAGGCAACUUCCUCCAGACGGUGACGAUCGAUUUUGAUCUGCUCUUCUGGGACGUGAAAUCCCUCUCGCCGGAGAAGAGCCCCAUCGCCAUGAAGGACGUCAAGUGGAUGACCAACAACAGCACGGUCGGUUUCCUGGUGGCCGGCAUGUGGAACAACCGAUACUAUGCAACGCCGGCCAAUACGAUCAUAGCGACCGCAUCGCGAACCGUGGCGCAGGAUCUGAUCGUCAGCGGUGACAACGACGGAUACCUCCGGCUGUUCCGCUACCCCUGUAUCACGCCCCGAGCCGAGUUCACCGAAGCCAAGGUCUACUCCGGAACGUUGGCGUGCGUGAAAUUCCUGUACGGCAACCACAGUCUGGUCACCGUCGGUGGUACCGAUGCGUCCCUCAUGAUCUGGGAACUCACCGAAGAAUAGCCACUGUGGCCACCGUGGCGUUCAGGUGCCGCGCCACAGUCCGCCUCACCAGGUAAUCCCCCCAAUAAACCUAACCUACUAGCAAACCAUCCGAAUCAGAAAGUCAACCCAAAAGCCCUCAAAUCUCACCAACUCAUCGCCACUUCACCGAAAAUCAGUCAAACCCUCCCCAGAAACGAACCGUCGUCAUCAGUAACCGCUAGCAAUAAUCCUCCUAAUCCAAAUCAAUCACCUUCACUCCAACAAGAACAACAACAAGAGUCAGCGGGCGUCGUCGGAUCGACGACUGUGGUCGCCGACGAUCAGCGGCCGAGCCAAUUGGGAAACACAGCGGCGGCAACUGCAAACGGUACAGCUGAUCAAUGGGAGGAGCUGGACCAGUCAGCCGAUGGUACCGAGGAGGAUGAGCUGGAACACGAAGGAGACGACGAGAGGGAUAACGACGACUCGGAUGGGGGUGGAGGUGGCGUGACGGCAAUUGGGGAAGGUCUGUACGAGCGACCUCGCCGGUUGCGGUCCCGUUCGUCACGGCGUGCACCGCCCAGUGUACGUGCCGUAACCGCAGUGGAACCAUUUCCGGCUUCGCCACUGGAGGAUGAGGAGCGCACCGUCGAGUAUGCCGUCCUUCUACCGGAUUCGUUCGCUGUUCUGGAUUCAUCUUUCUGAGAUUUUGUGUUUGUAAAUGGUUAGAACAGUAGGUAGCGUAUGGUGGGAGCUGUCCGCGGGUUGACCGCCGUGUGAAGUUAUGGGCCCAUAACUUAAACGGGGAUCAGCGCGCCGGUUCCUGGUGGUUUUAUAGGGUCACAAUCUUCCUGAAAAUCUUAAUUUUCUAGUGUGUAGCUAUUGCCAUAGGGAUAGAAGAAAAGUUGUACGAACAGAUUCACUAAUUGUAAAGCAUUUUUCUAAAACAAAAGUCACAUAAACACAAACCUCACCGAGGUCACUCAUUCACUUUUGGAGCACCACAACUCUACAAGUAAGCCAUGCACACACUCUAUCCACAAAUGUUUAUAGUAGGCCGUGAAAUACUUGGAAACUUUUGACGAACAAGACGAAGGCUACUUGGAUGCCUUCCGGAUGGAUUUUCUAAACAUGUUCAGCUACAAUCAUCGUCUGUCAAUUGAAUAUUGUUGUAACAACAAAAGAACGGACAGUGUUAAAUCUUGAAACAACGAUAUCAUGUGUUACCAAACCCUAGAAAAGUGUUAUUCUUUUUAUUUAGUUACAAAAUUACAACCAUUUAUAGAGUCACCUCUUUGCGCGCAGUUUUAAAGAAGAGUGUUCUCUUGUUAAAUCGAGUUUCAAACAUGAAUUUAACAGAAAAAGUACCUUUGGGAGUUUAAAAUGUCAAAACAAACAUCAGUCCUCUGAAUUUAUACAUCCU